CAAAGCGCUCUUUCUGCUUUUGUUCAUAACAUAUAUAUAUACAUAUUUAUGAACCCACUAAUCUCUAUCAGUCUCUAAGCUAAAACCCUCUUUCCCGUUCUCUUCAAUUCUGGGCUGAAUCUCAUCCCAUUGGUCGUCAAAAGUUGAUAUCCUGAGGGGCAUUUCGGGAACAAUGAAGCGACGCAAGUUCGACCCGGUGCUGUCUCACACUCGGCUGAGAUUGCUUCAAAUCCUCAUGGCCACACUGUUGGUUUACUUUCUAAUCACCAGCUUCGAAGCCCCGAAAACCGGGUGGGAUUCCGGCGAGGAAUACGACGCCUCGUUCGAGCUGUUUAGCGACUCGUCGUUGUCCAGAGAGGGGUUAACGGAAGCUUUGAGUAGGCCCACUGACGGCCCCCGGCUUCGAGGCUCGCCGUUUCAGACACCCGAGCGGAGAAUGCGGGAGUCAAAGAGAGUCUCGGGUUUGGUUUUCGAGGAGGAGAAGACUCAGUUUGACGGAAAUGUGAGUGAGGCGGACGAGGUUUUCGGGCUUCACAAGGCGGCCGCGGAGGCCUGGAGAGUGGGGAAGAAGCUCUGGGCCGAGAUUGAGUCCGGCAAAAUUGAAUUGGACAAGUCCGAGAACCGGUCCGACCCGUGCCCGCAUUCGUUUUCGGUGACCGGGUCCGAAUUUCACGCCCGGAACCGGGUGAUGGUGAUCCCGUGCGGACUGACGCUGUGGUCGCACAUUACGGUGGUGGGUACGCCGCGGUGGGCCCGCCCGGAGUAUGAUCCGAAGAUUGCGGUGGUGAAGGAGGGGGAGGAGGCGGUGAUGGUUUCGCAGUUCAUGAUGGAACUGCAGGGGUUGAAGAAUGUGGAGGGGGAGGACCCGCCGAGAAUAUUGCAUUUCAAUCCGAGAUUAAAGGGGGAUUGGAGUAACAAGCCGGUGAUUGAGCACAACACUUGUUAUAGGAUGCAAUGGGGUUCGGCGCUCCGGUGUGAGGGCUGGCAAUCCCGGGCUGAUGAAGAAACCGUUGAUGGACUGGUGAAAUGCGAGAAGUGGAUUCGUGAUGAUGAUGAUCGCUCGGAAGAAUCAAAGGCCAUAUGGUGGUUGAACAGGUUGAUAGCAGGGACAAGGAAGGUGACCAUAGACUGGCCGUACCCUUUUGUAGAGGGCAGGAUGUUUGUACUCACCUUGAGUGCUGGCUUGGAAGGUUAUCAUAUCAAUGUUGAUGGUAGACAUGUCACUUCUUUCCCUUAUCGCACGGGAUUUGUUCUCGAGGAUGCCACCGGACUGUUUGUAAAUGGAGAUGUUGAUGUGCACUCUGUCUAUGCUGCCUCCUUACCUACAUCACAUCCUAGUUUUGCUCCACAGUUGCAUCUUGAGAUGGUUACUAAGUGGAAGGCUCCACCUCUUCCCUAUGGGCAUGUCGAGUUGUUCAUUGGCAUUCUUUCUGCUGGCAACCAUUUUGCUGAGCGGAUGGCUGUGAGGAAGUCCUGGAUGCAGCAUAAGUUAGUCAAGUCUUCACGUGUUGUUGCUCGUUUUUUUGUAGCAUUGCAUGGUAGAAAGGAAGUAAACCUGGAGCUAAUGAAAGAAGUAGAAUAUUUUGGUGACAUUGUUAUAGUUCCUUAUAUGGAUAACUAUGAUCUUGUAGUACUGAAGACCAUAGCAAUUUGUGAAUAUGGGGUUAGAACCGUGCCUGCAAAGUAUAUCAUGAAGUGUGAUGAUGACACCUUUGUCCGGGUGGAUGCUGUGCUCAAGGAAGCACGGAAAGCGCGUAAACAUAGAAGCCUAUAUAUAGGAAAUUUGAACUACCACCACAAGCCUCUUCGUCAUGGUAAAUGGGCAGUGACAUAUGAGGAAUGGCCAGAAGAAGAUUAUCCAACCUAUGCAAAUGGUCCAGGUUACAUCGUCUCCUCCGAUGUAGCAAAAUUCAUCCUAUCUGAGUUUGAAAAGAACAAGUUGCGAUUGUUCAAGAUGGAAGAUGUGAGCAUGGGAAUGUGGGUGGAGCAGUUCAACGAUUCUAGACCAGUGGAGUAUGUGCACAGUUUGAAGUUCUGCCAACAUGGGUGCAUUGAAAACUAUUACACUGCGCAUUACCAAUCCCCGAGGCAGAUGAUAUGCAUGUGGGGCAAAUUGCAGCAUAAUGGGAAACCCCAAUGCUGCAAUAUGAGAUGACCAUGGUAAAUAGGAAAUUUUAUUUUUCCUUACAAUACAGUGAAUUGGAGAAAGCAUACAGAGAAAAAAAACAAGUUUUGCAGUCAAUACUAGAAUAGCCCUGUAAAUAUUCAUUGGGGGUUUAAGUUAUUUACGAAGCUGCUGAGCCCUUUUCCGAAUCCCUUCAUUUUGCCCAUCUCCUCUCCUAUGAUCAGCUGAUCCUAAACAUAAGAGGUUUGGUCUUUCUCGUUUUCUGGUUUAGGAUUCAGUACUUGUAUCUUAGCGACUGAUACAUUAAAGCCGUUCUCAGAGAAGAAAAGGAGCUUUGAAGUUUUUAAGUUUUAUUAAUUGUACUGCAAGUUACCAAGGAUCUUAGUACCAGAUUUACUGCACUGCUCCUCUAGAAUGUUUAGAGCCGUGAAACAUGAACCUUCUAUAUUUGCAUUCUGGAGCAUACCAUAAAGCGAUCGGUGAUAAAGAUGGAACCU